AUGGGGGUUAAGAAAUCAAAAUUGAAAAGGAAAAAUGACGAAGAAGUUACAAAAAUCCUUAACUCCAUCAAAGAAGAUAAUAAACAACUAAGGGAGAUGCUAAAGAAAAGUCAGUCAGACAGAGGUAUAUACAUGGAAAGUAAUUCCAAAAAUAUGGCACUCAGAGAAUUUAGGGAAGAAAAUAAAAUUUUAAUGAUGGACUUGAAUUCAGUUCUUGAUCCAAAUAUGCGUGCAUAUUGGGAAGCCGAACACAGACGAAUAUUUCAAAAAAGAGCUCAACAAUCAUUCUCUACUUCAAAUACUUUUGGUGACUAUUUUACUAAUAUUCGUGGAUCUGAUACCAAUUUACCAGAUUAUUGA